GGCAGCCGGUGCACCCGCGUCGCCCGCCCGUUCGCCCCACUACGCGACUGCGAACACCGCGCCGCGCCGCGGUCGCGUCCGCGUCAUUGAACAACAAGACUCGCUCGAUGGCAGCCGUAUUACUGCCAAUAUGAAAAAAAGAGUUCAUAGAAACUCUGUUACAAAAUUCGCGAUAGUGGAUAUUACAUGUUAUCUUUGUUUUACAAAUUAUUUAUUUUUAUAGUGUUAUUACAUUCAAAAACGAUAUAUUAUUUAUUAGUGAAUGUUAGUUAAUUAUUGUAAAGUGCUUUAAGGGUGUUGUAAUCUCCGUGUAUUGCCCUAUGAUUGUUUUGUUUAAAAUAUUCUAAGGUCUUACAAGAUAAGUUGUAAUGUGUGUGAUAGUGUUGCAACCAGCGAGCAAGUUAAACAUGAUAGUGUAAUCGAUUCGCUUACAAGUGACUCGAGGGUCAUAGAAGUUGAAAUAUACACAGUUCUGCCAUCGAUAGAAAACACGGCAUUGUGGACAGCACUGACUCAAAUAUGUGUUGUGAUUUACAGAUGCUCUCGGUACAAGUGCCGGGGUGCGCGGGCAUGGAGCGGUUGGGCGCGCCGGGGGGGACGCGUCUUCGUCACGAACUCAGGCACCAUCAUUCCUCAUUGGAAUGGGAGAAACAGCAGAGGUUGCAGGCGAUGGUUGGUCGUCUGCAAGAGAUGGUGGAGCAGGAGACGCGCGCGCGGUCUGCCGCAGCAGCGGAACGGCUUGGCCUGCCUCCCAGCAUACAGCUGCCGGACGGCGAGUACGGUCAGGACGCACACCUACAAUUACGAGUCCCUUAUCAGGUCCCAAGCCGAGCUGACGAGAAGCAGCUUCCAGCCGCCGCCGAACAAGUGCGUGAGCGACGUACCCGAAUGGGCGGUGGGCGCGGCGGAGCCGGUAGGCGGACGGCGCGGAGCGGGCAAGAAGGACGGGCUGCUGCAGAAAGCCACACGCUGGUGGGUGCGCAUGGGUGCACGGCCGGCGUCGCUGCUGCCGUCGGCCGCUCCGCCACCGUGCGUGAUGGUGCCGCGUCGUUCCGCGCCGUCACCGCCGCCCGACGCGUGACGUCGCCGCACCUGUGCACCUCUCUACCAUAUCACGCUUACAUUCCAUUAUCGGGACGACCAGACUCGCCGGCGGGCGCUCGCGUCCCGGAGUAUUAUAGACUUGCUAAUUUAUUUAUUUGGGGGCGGCGCUGGGCCGGCCGACGGAGUCCCGCGGCGCCGACGGAGACGACGCCGGGAGAGCGACUAGUCUUCGUACUUUAAUCGGUUAGACGUAGGAAUGAUUGUUUCUGUUGAAAUUUUAUGAAACGACGAGGUCUCACCGCCCGCCGUUCGUGUCGAAGGUGUGGGAGGUGUGGGUAACGUGAAGUGUGCGUCCGUGUUCCUCGCGCUGUCUUUGAGUUUUCUAAAAACUAAGACUGAAAUAUAAUAAAAAUAUAACACUUUAAAAUCUACAUUAAAUGAUAAUACUAUGUUGUCUUAGAUAAAAUUAAUUCAAAUAGAAACAAUUAAAAUUAUAUAAUAUUUAAUGAAUCUUUGAAAUGUAACCUUUGAUGAUAUAGUAUAUUUUGAAGGUCAGUCAAAUGUACGCUAAUCGUCUUGCAAUGUACAGUAACGCGUAUAAGUAACCUAUGUUUAUUUCUCUCCAGCAGCUAAACUCUGAUUAAACAACUUUUAUAUUUAUUUGUAACGAUAAAGGUGUAUAAAAUUAUAAUGCAUAUCAGUACAGUAACGGCAAGGAAUAUUACUUUACAAAGCAUAGUUGACUAUUUUAUUGUAAAUAUUUUGUCUUAUUUAAUACUAGAAUAAUGGUGACCGACGUCACAAUGGCGGUCACUUCAAUUGAGUGUUUGCUACAUUCCAUAUUUAUGUUCAAUUGUUUCGCAACGUACUGUACUUGCUUCGUUCAUCUGUCCGAUGCUCACGUCUGCAUGUCCCUUCGCCACUAAUGUACUGACAAUAAUAACUGAUAGUGAGUAUUGUUAUCAAUGCAGAUUGCAUUAGACGACAAUCAGUCAUUGUUUAAUGAUGGUUGAAUUAGUUAUAAGAGCAAUGUUUAUAUGCAUGCAUGUAUUCGAAGGAAAUAGCAGGAAAUUUAACCUAGAGGUUAGUUCCUUAUACAUGCAUGUUAAUAUAAAUAUUGUAAAGUAUGUAUGUAUUUAUUUGACUGGUGUCCGCAGCGUCAAAUUGCAAUGCAAUUUCAUGAAGUGUUUUUCACCCCGCUUGCUGGUCCGAAUGUUAUGUAAGUUUAUGGUGCUAUGCUUUUUCACAGCAAUAGUCAAAUGUAUUAAUGUUAGGUACAUUGGAAAAAUUAUUUAUUGUUUGUAUUCGUCAAACUGCAAACGAAAAUAAUCCAUGAUGCUCAUGGAUUCGUUUGACAAAAAAAUACCUGAAACAAAAUUACAGAUACAAAUGUUGCCAACUAUGGGCAAUAUUGGCACCACACACAGACUGAAAUUUAUUUAUUAAAAAUUAGUUUGUUAAAUUUAAAAAAGUCACAUCAAGAUAUGUCACCGAAAAAUAUAAAUAUAACAAAAUUGUACAUUGUAUGCUGCGUGUGAGCAGUAUCACAUGUUGCCAGUUUAUGGCCGCUCUGACACUGUAAAUUUUAUAGUGACAUAUUUGCGAAUGACUUUAUGUAUUUGGAACUUGUUUAGUGUGUGGUGGCUAGACUUAAUUUUCACUAACUAGUUGGUUAUUAUGAGAUACCUACUCUAACUUAAACUGUCAAUUUAGAUUGUUUAAUUAUAUCUACAAAUUAAUUGUGUUCCGUAAUGUAAGUUUAAUAAAAUGUUUUGGGUCUUAAGAAUUUGUUCAUAAUAUAUACAUAACAUCUCAUAGGUAGUUGACUGGUGAUAAGUGCAAUAAAUUAAUUUUUAUGGCCCAAAUAAGUCCAAUUUAAUUAAAAUUUAUGUUCAUAGCUUAUUGUAAUUGGAAAUUUAUGAAUCUUUGAGCGUGUCUUCGUAAUUGUAUGUACUGUGUAGAUACCUAUUUUCAUAGUCAUAAUUUAUAAGGCGUGGUAGAAAAAGCAAUCCUUGUACAAAUGCAUAGCAUAUAAAUUAAUAUAAAAGUUGUUUAAAAUAGUUUGUCAGAAUAGUUAUUAAUCUAGAUAACGAACAAUAUUCCAUUUGUCAUAUAUAAAUAAGUGAAGCAAAAGCAAAUUAUUAUUAAUAAAAAUGCAUUAAAUUAUGACCU